AUGCGACUCCUCAGCACCAAUACCAAAACUCUACGUCUUCAUGAGUUCCCCACCGAUAUUCCGGAAUACGUCAUCCUCUCGCACACCUGGCUCGACGCGGGCGAAGUUCAGUUCGAAGACAUUGAGAAACCUGAAGUUCAUAACUUACCUGGAUACUCGAAGCUACUAGCUGCGUGUAGACAAGCUAUGAAUGAUGGAUUCGAAUGGAUCUGGAUCGAUACAUGUUGCAUCAACAAGAACAGCAGCGCAGAAUUGUCGGAAGCAAUCAACUCUAUGUACAGCUGGUACUGGCAGGCUGAAAUAUGCUAUGCCUACCUGGUCGAUGUUCCUGCAAAUGAAGAUCACACAACUCCGAAGAGCAGCUUUGCCAAGAGCAGAUGGUGGACAAGAGGAUGGACUCUACAAGAGUUACUGGCGCCAGCCAUCCUCGAAUUCUAUGACAGCAAGUGGAAUCGAAUCGGAACUAAGUCGAGCCUCAUCAAAAGUAUAACGGCGGUCACCAACAUCGAGGAACGACAUUUGCUCAACCGAGAAACGAUACAUGAGUCCACUAUUGCCGCAAUCUUCAGCUGGGCCUCUACCAGAAAGACCACUCGAGUCGAGGAUAUUGCGUAUUGUCUACUUGGGCUCGUACGAGUCAAUAUCCCUCUGCUCUAUGGUGAAGGGUCAAGAGCGUUUUACAGACUCCAACUGGAGCUGCUAAACCAGACAGCUGAGCACACGAUAUUCGCUUGGGAUCCGAUGACCAAUCGAGGCCUGCGCAUAUCCCUACCUCGCCUUCCAUACCAGCAGAGCGACGGCGACUUUAUAGCCAUCUUGAACUGCCGCCGGGGGAAAGGAGAAUUUGUGGGGAUCAAGCUGAAAUACAUCUCCAGAGAGCAGUACUGUAGGGUGCCUGGCUCGAGAACAAUCUUACUCACCUCUAAUGAAGUGUUUGGUAAUUAUCCCUACACGAUUUACAUUCCAGCAGAGAGCCGCUUGCGGACCGGCAUUUUGAAAUCGCGCAAUCGUAAGCCAAGCUGA